AUGCCGGAAAUGGCCAUCGAUUUCCGUGCUCCGCCACCGUCACCGGUGGGCUCCGGCCGAAGAUCGUCGGUGACGAACGACGACGUUCUGACGGAGUUCUUGGACACGUCACUCCGAGUCCCGGAUCUGGUGUUGCCCGAUAAGAUAUUCCCCAAACAGAAGCACCUCGAAACGCCUCCCAAGGUUGAUUUCGUCUCCUUGUGUUUCCACCACGACGACGCUCUGCGCGACGUCGUUUCCGAAUCCAUGGCCAGGAUCGGAUGCUUUCAGCUCAUCAACCAUGGGAUUCCAAAAGAACUCAUCUCCUCCGCGGCGGAGGCCGCCGUCGGAAUCUUUCGCAUGCCGCCGGGAAAGCGAUCGGCGGUAACGAGAUCGCCGGAUAAGCCCUGGGGUUUCGAGGAGUAUCAUGCGGGGGAAGAAGAAGAUCAGGGAAGUGAGUUGAGCGAAGAAUUCGUGUGGUGCAAUGAUGCUGAAUUGAAGUUGAAAAUGGAGGGAAUUUCACCAACUCAAUAUCCGAAUUUCAGCGAGAAGAUGGAGACUCUUAUGUCACGCAUAGAGAUGGUGGCCAAGGAAAUUUUGCCCGUGAUAUUGAAAAACGUUCAGAGAAAUUUUGCAUGUGAUGCUGAUGCUGAUAUGACUCAUCAUGGGCAUGAUCUUGGGACACUUUGUUGUGUUUACAAGCAUCGCCCUGCAGAUAGUUCUAUUGAUCGCUGGGUUAAUUGUUUAAAUUAUGACGUGAUUAGAAUGCUGAUUAAGGGUGCCGAUUACUCUCAUUCUUUGUGCUUGCAUGUGUGUGAUGGGUCUUCAGAGUUUCACCUUUACUCCAAGAAAAGUUGGCUCUCUUUCUGCCCAGAAGAAGGUGCCCUUAUAAUCACUUGUGGAGAUCAAAUCCAGAUAUUGAGUGUUGGACACUACAAGCACGUGACUGGAAGACCAAUCUUUAAAAGUGAGAAAGAAGACAACAUUUCAAUGGCUUUCCUAUAUUCUACUCAAAACACCAAGAACAAUUUUCAAACCAACAGGGGAAGAACUAUUUCAAUUGUCCAGCAAGCCAUCUUCGCUAUUAUUCUGACCCUUAUGUACCAUGUCUUGAUUUAUGUCUACAAAAAGCUUUGA